AUGGCAGGUCCACUUCUCCAGCCCCUGCUGAUCCUAGUGCUGUCCUUAGCCCUGGGAUCUGCUAGACAAGCAGGAGUGCUGGUCAACAAGGAAUGGGUGCUCACCGUCGCCCACUGCUACAUGAGUGAGUACAUUGUGCAAAUGGGCAGUGAUCUUCUGGUUGAUGGAAAUGCCCAGAAGAUCAGGGCCACAGAGUCGUUCAUCCAUCCCCGGUAUGACACAGCCACAGACACUCAUGACAUCAUGCUUGUGAAGCUGAGCAGCCCAGCCAAGCUGUCACCCUCCGUGAGGAUAGUCAAUGUGCCCUCCAGCUGCAAACAGCCUGAGACAAGUUGUACUGUCUCUGGCUGGGGCAGCAUCUCCAUGGAUGUAGUGAGAACUUCAACAGAGCUCAUGUGUUCAAAUGUCAACCUCAUCUCCUACGAGGACUGCAGGGAGUUUCACCGUGUCCUGUCUAAAAAAUACGUGAUCUGUGCUGCGCCUCCCAACAGGGACUCCUUGGCCUGCAAAGGUGACUUAGGGAGCCCCCUGAUGUGCCAGGGUUCCUUGCAAGGCCUGGUGUCCUCCAAUUAUUUUCCUUGUCGACCACCCUUCGGCCCGGUCAUCUACACCCGUGUCUGCAGGUACAGCAAGUGGAUAUAUGAAACCAUGAGAAAGAAUUCCUAA